GUGUCAACAGAUCGCAAAACAAAUACAUACAGUAACAGUUACACAGUUGCACUCGAUGGUCGGAGUCAACGGUAAGAGCUGUGUUGGUGGAUUUCUCGGAAUAAUGCACCGCUUUUGAUGAAUGGGGCGUUUGGUGAGUCCCUUCCCAUCACCACAGACUCACCAGGCUUCAUUGUCAAGAUUGGGAUCCUGAUUGAUUGACUUCCCUGUCUAACCGGAGGUGUUCCUGUGAAAGACGCCGGGGUGACAAAAUGGACGGGUCAGAGGAGUUUGAGGGACGCACCAUGGUCCAGGUGAUCACUGACAAGUACAACCUGGAGAACUUCCCCUACUGUCGUGGGCCCGGCACGGGCGUGGUGGUUCUGACCAGCCCACAGAGUUCUCCAGUGAAAGGCCAGCUGAACUUGCCCCGGGUGCUCGUGCUGGACAGCUGUGGAAUCACCCAGGCUGGAGAUGAAUCAGAGGUGGCCACCUACUGUGCCCAUGUGGUAGAGCUGGACCUUUCAAAUAACCACCUGCAGGAGUGGGGGGAGGUCUUGAAGAUCGUGUCCAACGUCCCGAAGCUGGACUUCCUCAACCUCAGCAUGAACCCUCUGAGUGGCUCACAGCUGGAGCACGAUGCGGAGCCUUUCCUAGAGCUGCGCCACCUGGUCCUCAACAACACCCACGUGUCCUGGGCAGUCCUUCACACACUCACUCGGGAGAUCCCAAAGCUGGAGGAGCUCUUCCUAUGUCUGAACGAAUAUCGGUCCGUCCAGUUGUCCGACGUGCCUUGCGCCUCCCUGCGGCUAUUGCACAUCUCGGACAACCGGCUGCAGGACUGGGCCGAGGUGCGUAAGCUCGGCCUCAUGUACCCAGGCCUCCAGUCCCUCAUCCUUGCCAACAACACGCUGACCUCCAUCGAUGAGCCACAGGAGUCUCUCUGCCGCCUGUUCCCCCAGCUGCGCUGUAUCAAUCUUCAUAACACGGGUCUGAGCCGUUGGGAGGACAUUGAGAAGCUGAGCAUGUUCCCCAAGCUGCAGGAGGUCAAAGUCAUGGGCGUUCCGUUGCUGCAGUCCUACAGCACCACAGAGCGAAGGAACCUCGUGGUGGCCCGGCUGCCUAACGUCACGGUGCUGAACGGGAGUGUGGUGACACCAGGGGAGAGGGAGGACGCCGAGCGUUUCUUCGUCCGCUACCACGUCGAGUAUCCGGAGAAUGAGCUACCUGAAAGGUACCACAGCCUAGUGGCUCAGUACGGCCGGCUGGAACCCCUGGUGGACGUGGACCUGCGUCCCCAGAGCGACGUGCUGGUGGGCAUCCGCUACGGGGACCACGUGGAGCAGGUGCACCUCAAGCAGGAGCAGACGGUGGCGGACCUGAAGAAGGCGCUCAAGCCCCUGCUGCAGCUCCCGUGCAACCGGAUGCGCGUCUUCCACGUGGCGCCGGUCCAGGGGCCUCAGGAGCUCAAGUACAACACCCGAGCUCUGCACUCCUACAAGAUGCGGGACGGGGACGAGAUUUUGGUGGUGCCCAAGGAUCUAGCCACGGCUCGCGUCCACGCGCCCGACACCUCCAUUAGCAUCGGUGUCGGCCGGCUGCCGGGACUCCGUUUCACAGCGGUGACAGCGGCUAUUCAGCCGCGCUGGGCCAAUCGGCGCCUUUGUUUCUCUACAGCCAACAUCCUGUUUACAGUGGUCCAAGACAAUAAGUCCGACUUCUUCCCUCUCUGUGCUCUGCCUAUGCAACUCUACACCAGAACUGAGUGUGAACGGGAAGCUCAAGACCCAUUAAGAGGUUCAGAUUUGCCAGGAGAGCCUCUGCCUGUUGCCCUCCUGCCCGGUCGAUGGUACCCAGGUGGAUGGGACUCUGCUUUGCUCUCACGGACGCCUGAUGCCACAGGUGAGGUGCUGAACAUCGGUCCUCUGUCGGCAGCUUUUUCUCAGGAUAUCCUCUACCCCUUUGGAGCGGCCUUUAGGGAUUUAGAGACCCCAAAGAUGGACGAUGGCAGCUCCCCAGAAAUUCCUCUCCUCAUCCCUUUUAUCUUCUUCACCAUUCCCUACCGCUCUAUCUAUAUAAACAACAAUGGGGUGCUCUCCUUUGGUGUACAAGUGAGCCAGUUCACCCCUGAGCAGUUCCCCCUCAGCGACAGUCGCUCCUUCAUCGCUCCUCUCUGGGGCGACGUACACAAUGGCAUCCGAGGCGAUGUGUACUAUCGUGAGACCACAGAGGCAGACGUCCUCGAAAGGGCAACCAUGGACGUCCGCAAGAUUUUUAAAAGCAUGGGCUCCUUCACAGCUACCUGGGCCUUCAUUGCAACGUGGCAUCAGGUCACAUUUUAUGGAGGCAGCCAGACCACUCCGGUGAACACAUUUCAGUGCAUCCUCAUUUCUGAUGGGGCAUCAUACUUCUCCAUGUUCAACUAUGGAGACAUUGCCUGGAGCACAGGCACAGCUAGUGGGGGAGACCCCCUUACUGGCCUGGGCGGAACCACAGCACAGUCAGGUUUUAAUGGCGGCGAUGUGAGUCACUUCUUCAAUCUCCCUGGCUCUCGCACCAAUGAUGUGGUGAAUAUUGAACAAACCACCAACGUCAACCAGCCUGGCCGAUGGUUCUUCCGGGUUGACACAGAGCAGAUAGAUCCAGCCAAUGGGUGCAGCUAUAAUGGUCGUUUCUACCGGCGGGGGGAGGUGUUCUGGCUGUCAGACCAGUGCUCCCAGCGAUGCCGUUGUCUGGACGUAGAUAACGAGGUCUUCUGCCAGGAGGCUCCGUGUGGGCAGCUGGAAACGUGCGAACAGCUGGAGGGCGCCUACUACUGCCAGCCUACGCGCACCAGCACCUGUGUGGUGUUCGGAGACCCCCACUACCACACCUUCGAUGGUUUCCUCUACCACUUCCAGGGCACCUGCUCCUACUUGUUGGCCCGACCCUGUUGGGAGAGCCCUGGGCUACCCUACUUCAGUGUGGAGGCCAAGAACGAGAACCGGGGCUCUGCGAUGGUGUCCUGGCUUCGAGACGUCACUAUAGACGUUUACGGCCAUCGGAUAAAUCUGCCAAAAGGCAGCCUGGGAACAGUUCAGGUGGAUGGCCUGAUGCGGACACUUCCAGUGCAGCUUCAGCUCGGAGCUGUCCGAGUGUAUCAGUCGGGCGUGGCCGUUGCCAUGGAGACAGAUUUCGGCCUCCUGGUGACAUACGACGGGCAGCACUACGCCUCCAUCUCCCUGCCGAGUCCCUACUUCAACAACACCUGCGGCCUGUGCGGCAACUACAACGACGACCCGGCCGACGACCCCGUUCUGCCCGACGGCUCGCUGGCGGAGAGUGUGGUGGAGCUGGGAGGAAGCUGGCGGGCGGAGGACUUUGACUGGCGAUGCACGGACGGCUGUGCCCACAACUGCAGUGUGUGCGACCCGGCCACCGAGGCCUUCUACUUCAAGCCGGACUACUGCGGUCUCAUCAACAAGACCGACGGGCCCUUCCGAGACUGCCGUGCGGUGGUCGACCCCACCGCCUUUGUGUACAGCUGUGUGUACGACAUGUGCAGUAACCGGGACAACAUCACAACGCUGUGCCAGGCCAUACAAGCCUAUGCCCUGGCAUGCCAGGCACUUGGGGUUACCAUUCGUCCAUGGAGAUCACGCACAUUCUGUGCUCUGAACUGUCCCGAGUUCAGCCACUACGAGGUGUGCACCAGCGCCUGCCCUGCCUCCUGCUCCGAGCUGACCUCCCACCUGCACUGCACGCACCCCUGCACCGAGGGCUGCCAGUGCGACCAGGGCUACGUGCUGAGCGGCAGCCGCUGCGUGCGCCGCGAGGACUGCGGCUGCGAGCAGGACGGCCUCUACUACACCCGCAACGAGACCUUCUGGGCCGGCGAGGCCAGCGAGCACGGCGGCGGCGGCGAAUGCUCCCAGCGCUGCGUGUGCGGGCCGGCCGGCGAGGUGUCCUGCUUCAACGACUCGUGCCAGGAGGGGGAAGUGUGCGUGGCCGAGGUCGGGCUGCUGGGCUGCUACCCGCGGCGCGAGGGCGUCUGCUUCCUGUCCCAGACGCAGGUCAUGUCCACGUUCGACGGCAUCGUGCUGCCGAUCCCCGACGAGAGCUCCUUCUACCUGGUGAAGCCGUGCGCAGUCAUGCCGGCCAACGUGUCUGCGGUGGAGGUGAAGAUGGGAAGGAAGCUGGUGAAUAAAGGCCCCACAUGGAUGCGGCCGGUGGUCGUCAGGGUGGGGCACGUGGAGGCUCAGAUCGGUGGAUCCGAUUUUGACUCUGCAAAGCUGAAUGGAGAGCCUGUGGGUCUCCCCUAUGUCCAUCCGGUGGAGAUGCUGACCAUAUACAAGAUGGGAAACAUGACCGUUGUGGAGUGGAACGGCCUGGUGAAAGUCCGCUACUCCCGCCACGGGCAUCUCAACGUCUCCCUCUCCACUGUUUUCUACAACGCCACCUGUGGCCUGUGUGGCUUCUUCAACGCCGACCCCACCGACGACCUCCGCCUGCCCAACGGCCGGCAGCCGGAGACAGCCGAGCUCUUUGUGGAGGGCUGGCGAGCUAUUGCGGAUGACCUGACGUGCAACGGGGAUUGCGAGGAUCUGUAUCGCAUGUGUGUGGACUUGCGGCUCUACCAGAGCCCUUGGCUCUGCGGGAACAUCAACGACCCGGGCAACAGCUCCUUCCUGGCGUGCCACAUGGCCGUCAACCCCUCGCCGUUCUUCAGAAACUGCCUCUACAACAUGUGUGUGAAAGAGGGCAACCGCUCAGCGCUCUGCUCCUCUCUACAGGCCUACGCCUCAGCCUGCCAGGAUGCACAGAUCAGUUUAGGGGCCUGGAGAACUGCCACCAAUUGCCCUCUGCCCUGCCCUGAGAACAGCCACUUUGAGGAGUGCGCCAGCUCCUGCCCACUGACCUGCACCAACCUGGACGAGCCGGACGAGCCGUGCCCGGUGCCCUGCGCCGAGGGAUGCCAGUGCGAGGAGGGCUACGCUCUCCGGGACGGGCAGUGCGUGGCGCGGAGCGAUUGCGGCUGCAUGUACAUGGGCCGGCAGCUGGCCACCAACGAGACCUUCUGGACGGACUGGGAGUGCCAGGAGCGGUGCUUCUGCAACGGCACCGACAACAGCGUCUACUGCCAGUUCGCCCCCUGCGACGCCGAGGAGUUCUGCCAGGAGGACGACGGCCUCUACUUCUGCCAGCCGCGCACCGAGGCGCUGUGCGCCGUCGCCGGUUACAGCCACUUCCUGCCGUUCAGCGGCAUCCCGUUCGACCUGCAGAGCAGCUGCUCACUGAUGCUGGCGACCACGCAGUGCGGAGAGGACGAUGACAACAGCGACGCGCUGCCCCAGUUCAAGCUGUUUAUCCGGAACGAGGAGCGAGACACGCAGCAGUCAAUCUGGGUCAGGGGCUUUGUCCUGGAGGUGUAUGGCUAUGAGAUAGAAGUGUCACGCAGCUACAAGAACACUGUCACGGUGAAUAAGGAGCGCUUGUAUCUGCCUCUGAAACUGGGCCCGAGCAAGGUCAACAUCUACACCCUCGGUCUGCAGCUGAUGGUGGAGACAGAUUUUGGCCUCAAAGUGGCCUUUGACUGGAACACCCGUGUGCUGCUGUCCCUGCCACGCAGCCUCUACAACGCCACCUGCGGGCUUUGCCAAGGAGUGCCCCUGUCUGGUCCCACCACCACUGUCACUCAAUGGGGCAUGACAUGGGCGAAGCGCGAGACGUUCUGCCAGGUGGGGUGUGGCGACUCCUGUCCCCGCUGCGGGAACGCGGAGAGGUCUGGCGAGGGCCCCGUGCUGUGCGGGCUGCUGGUGGACCGCGGCGGCGUGUUCGCCCGCUGCCACAGCAUGGUGCCGCCGGCGUACUUCUACCAGAGCUGCCUGCAGGACACCUGUCUGGACCAGGGGGCGCGCGAGACCAUCUGCAACUGGCUCCAGGUCUACGCCAGCACCUGCCAGACUCAGGGAGUGCCCAUCGUUGGCUGGAGGAGCAACACGCCAUGCACUGUGUCAUGCCCAGCAAACAGCCACUAUGCCAGCUGCAUGGUGGUGUGCCAGCCCCAGUGUGCCCCGGCCCGUGGGCAGCGCGACUGCAACCAGUAUUGUGUGGAGGGAUGCCAGUGUGACCAGGGGUACGUGCUCAACGGCAAGAGCUGCAUCCUCAGCCAGAACUGCGGCUGCUACACCGACAGCAAAUAUUACGAGCCUAAGCAGCUGUUCUGGAACGGCGACUGUACCAAACGCUGCCAGUGCAUCGGCAGGAAUCUGAUCCAGUGCGACCCGCGCCGCUGUAAGGCCGAGGAAGAGUGCACGCUGCGCAACGGCGUGAGAGGCUGCUUCGCCCGACGCACCCAGCACUGCGUCGCCUCGGGUGGCGGAGUGUUCCGGACCUUCGACGGCGCUUCUCUCCGCUUGCCCGCCUCCUGUUCGUUUGUCCUCUCCACCAUCUGCCACAAGCUGCCAGAGCUCUCGUUCCAGCUCAUCGCCAACUUCGACAAGUGGAGCACGCCAAACCUCACCACUAUCUCACACGCCUACCUGUACAUCAACGAGGAGAACAUCCUCAUCUCUGGGAGCACUGUCAAGGUAAACGGUACCCCUGUGACAGUACCCUUUGUCACGGGCCUGAUGACGCGCGUGUCCACCUCAGAGGGCUUCCUGGUCAUUGACACACCGCAGGAGAUCCAGGUGCGCUACAACCGCUUCAACACCCUGAGCAUCACCAUGGGGCCCCGGCUGCAGAACAAGGUGUGCGGCCUCUGCGGCAACUUCAACGGCGACCCCACCGACGACUACAUCACCUCCCGCGGCAAACCCGCCAUGACUGCUCUGGAGCUCGCGCAGAGCUGGAAGACCAACGGCAUGCAAAACAGCUGUGAUGAGACCCAGUACGUGGCCCUGGCUCAGUCCUGUGACAACACGGCCGUGGCGGCCCUCCAGGCUGAGGACAGCUGCCUGAAGCUCACCGAGAUGAAGGGUUUCUUCCAGCCCUGCCACGGCCUGCUGGACCCCAGGCCCUUCUACCAGUCCUGCUACCUGGACGGCUGCUACAACCACCGCAAGGCCCAGGUGUGCGGCUCCAUGGCGGCCUACGCCGAAGCGUGCCGCUCCUUCGGCACACUCACGACCAAGUGGAUCACCCAGGAAAACUGCUCAGAAUGGAUCUAUGACCCCUGUGCCGGAGAGAUCUGCACGAACAACACGUGUGAGCAGGAGAAUGGAGGAGACCUGUGUGGCUGUCCAGAGCUGCCCAGCAGUGGUUCAAACAAGGAUGACAUCCUUCAGGCAGAGGUGACAUGUAAACAUGCUCGGAUGGAGGUCUCUAUAUCCAAGUGCAGGCUCUUCCAGCUGGGCUUUGAGCGGGAGGACGUGCGCAUCAACGACCAGCACUGCCCCGCGAUCGAGGGAGAGGACUACAUCUCUUUCCACAUCAACAACACCAAAGGUCACUGUGGCUCCAUUGUACAGUCCAAUGGAACACACAUCAUGUACAAGAACACUGUCUGGAUAGAGAGUGUGAACAAUACAGGAAAUAUUGUGACACGUGACAAAACGAUCAAUGUGGAGUUCUCCUGUGCCUACGAGCUGGACAUCAAGAUCUCCUUGGAGACGGUGCUAAGACCCAUGCUAAGUGUCAUAAACCUCACCCUGCCAACUCAAGAGGGAAACUUCAUCACCAAAAUGGCUCUUUAUAAGAACUCCUCCUACCGCCAACCUUACCGAGAGGGUGAAGUCAUGCUCAGCACGCGAGACAUUCUGUACGUCGGCGUAUUUGUCGAGGGGGCAGAUGCGCGGCAGCUCAUCCUCAUCGUGAACAUGUGCUGGGCCACGCCCUCCCGCUACAGCACGGACCGACUGCGCUACAUCAUCAUAGAAAGAGGCUGCCCCAACGUCAAAGACAACACCAUUGGCAUGGCUGAGAAUGGCGUCUCUCUUACCUGCCGAUUCCAUGUUACUGUGUUCAAGUUCAUUGGUGACUAUGAUGAGGUCCAUCUCCACUGUGAUGUUACACUCUGUGACUCCGAAGUCCAUCCAUGUAAAGUGAACUGCCCACACAACAGGAGAAUGUACUCAGGAGAAACUGAACACAGGACACAGCAGAUACUGUCCAUUGGACCCAUCAAACGCAGAGACUUAGACUGGUGUGAAGACAACAAUGGCGGCUGUGAACAGAUCUGCACCAGCCAGAUGAGGGGACCAGCGUGCAGCUGCGUCACAGGAAUGCUCCAGAAAGACAGGAGAAGCUGCCGUGUGGCUGGUUCUGGUGCUCGACUCCAACCUCUUACUCCUCUGGUCAUUUUUGGAGUGACCUAUGCCCUUCUGACCCUCACACACACGUUGUCCUGUUUGUCCUAACCCUUCAUGCAACCACACAAGGGAGGGGAGAGGUGGGAAGGACCCGGAAUGACAGCAAGUAAAUGAGAUAUGGAGACACAGAGAAAAGGAACAGCGUGAGAGAGAGAGACGGAGCAUCCAUUCCAAAAGCGCCACCAUAGAGCAAUAAUAAAACCAAAACACUGCCGAGAAGAAUCAUCAGCCGCAUCUGUUCAGUGAUGUGAAGGACAUCGCACAGUGAUCAACCUCUUCUUAUUGGGCCGCUGUGUCUGAAGGCGCUGGAGAUGAGCCAAUGAGACUACCCCAGAACGCAACAAAUCAAAACGGAUCGGGUUUAGACAUGAACAAAAUAACUGAACAGGAACAAUACAAACUGUUUCAGAAUUUCGAAAGUAAAUAUAGUGGACAAUGUAAAGUGUGACUUGGCAAAAUGAUCUCAGAAUUGAUAAAACCUAGUGAAUCUAGUGUUUUAGAUGCAGAAUAUGCCUACUCUAUCAUCACUUUUGUUUCCUUUGUUGUGCUUUACGAAAGGCUUUGGUAUAAUUAUGUAAAAAGGCUUUAUAUUUGGGCAUUGACUGAGAAAUAGAACUAGACUGUGCAAUUUCUUUUUUUUCCCACUUGCCGAAGCCUUUGGUAAAUGCCAUCAAUUUUGUCUUUGGUGCCGAUGCCAGUUUGUCUGCUGUGAUUCUCUGGAUUGAUUCAUAUUUAUGUAAAAUUUCUCAAUGAAAGGAAGCACACAGCGAUACUAUAGCCAAUUAUCAAGCAACUGUGAUUUGCAAUAAAAGUAACCACUUGAACAUG